UUCUAUUUACACUUGCAGCGCUCCUGUCGGCGUGCACGGACUUGAUUCGUGCCGUUUAUUUAUAACUCUCGUUACGCGCGUCGCCGGCGGUAUAUUUAAAGCGAGCGACUUCCUGGAGUCAACCGUAUUGUAUAACAUCAGCUGGAGAGAUGGGCGACAAGAACGAUCGCGACUACAUCGGCUUCGCCACACUGCCCGACCAAGUGCAUCGGAAAUCGGUGAAGCGCGGAUUCGACUUCACGCUGAUGGUGGUCGGCGAAUCCGGCCUGGGUAAAUCGACGCUCAUCAACAGCUUGUUCCUCGGGGACUUGUACAAGGAGCGCACGGUGCCCGAUGUCGGCGAACGCCUCACCAAAACAACGCUCAUCGAAAAGAAGACCAUGGACAUCGAGGAGCGCGGUGUCAAGCUCAGAUUAACGAUUGUGGACACGCCGGGCUUCGGCGAUGCGUUAAAUUGCGAAGAAAGUUGGAAAGCGUGCACGAAUUACAUCGAUGACCAGUUCCGGCAGUACUUUACCGACGAAAGCGGCCUGAACCGACGGAAUAUUCAGGACAAUCGCGUCCACUGCUGUCUGUACUUCGUGCCGUCAUGGGGCCACAGCUUGCGGCAGGUUGACUUAGAGUUAAUGAAACGGCUGCAUCGGAAAGUAAAUAUUGUGAUCGUUAUUGCCAAAGCGGACACGCUCACUGCCAGCGAAGUCGCCAAACUGAAGAAGAACAUUCUGAAUGACAUCAAGGACAAUGACAUUCAGAUUUACGAAUUUCCCGACUGCGACAGCGAUGAAGACGAAGCCUUCAAAGAGCAAGACCGCGAAAUGAAGGCGGCGGUACCAUUCGCGGUGGUUGGGAGUGAUAUUACAAUAGAAGUGGCAGGUAAAAAGAUCCGCGGCAGGCAAUACCCAUGGGGCGUCGUCGACGUGGAAAACCCGAAACACAGCGAUUUUAUCAAACUGCGUACGAUGCUCAUCUCCACGCACAUGCAGGACCUCAAAGAUGUCACCGAAGAUGUGCACUACGAGAACUUCCGCACGCAGUGCAUAUCGCAAAUCUCGCAAUACGCGUCCCGGGAACGAGGUAAACUCAAGCGGGACUCGCUGCCGUACGACGCGGCGGAUAUCUCUGAAACUGAUAGACUGCUUCUAGAAAAAGACGAAGAGAUUCGCCGCAUGCAGGAUAUGCUGCGGCAGAUGCAGGAGAAACUCAAGGAUUCCGGGCAGGACAACAAGAAACACGACAGUAUUAUCGACGUUUGAUGGAUGCGGGGCUUAAUAAAGCGCCGGAAGGGUUUCGAAUAGAUGUAAUAGCAUAAAUGUAUGUAGGCUUGGGUAUUUUGGGUCUUGAAUGGUUCAAAAUUUCGAGAUUAAAGCAUGUAACAUUCCAAAAUGAAGCAACAAAAAAAAACGUAAACGAAAAUGUAUUCCAGAUGUACGCGUACUUAUCAAUUAUGCAACAAUACAAUACAACGGAUUUGGGCGGAUUUGAUAACGCGGCUGUUGGGCCUAAAUCUUUUGAAUAAUCUGUACCGUAACGAUAUUAUUGAAUUUACUACUUUGUAUUGCAUGCAAGAAGCGUGUGCGUGUUCGCCACAUGUUUUUCGUUACCGUUUUACCAAAUAUUGAUAUAAUAAAAAGCUUUAAAACGAUAA